UUGUGUCGAUAUACUAUGCAGAUUUGGAUUUUAUCAGUCUGUCAGUCAAGUUAAUGCAUUUGCAUAUUUUCCACACAAAGCAUCUGGAUUUAAAACUGCAUUGUUUAUUCAACAGGCAGCACAAAAAGCAGAAGUCUAUUUUAGGCGCACACAGUAUUUUGCUCUGUUCCCUUCUUGUUCAACAAAUAAUAUGACUGCUGUAAGAAAUGCUAUAUCAUCUAUUGGGAAAGCUGUAAUACUCCUCAAGAAUGAAUAUAAGGAAUUCAAUCUGGAUGGCAUGACAGGCUUCAAGAUUUUAUUAGAGCAAAUUAAAGGCACACUUGAAAGAUUUGACGCAAAGAAGGACCCAUACACUUACUUAUUGAUGAAAAGGUUGACAAAAGUAUUAAAUAAAAUACUCAAGACAACUUACUUUACAAAGCAACAGGACCCGGAAUACUUUGAAGAGUUCCAAGAACUUUUUGAAGAUAAUUUCUGGAUAUUGCCUACCUCCUGGAAUCAGUCUAUCCCUAGCCUGGUCUACAGUGAAUCCGUACCUGAUAAGUCUCUGUGCUUAACAGAACAAUUUAGUGAUGAAUGUUUGUCCUUUCUUCUGGGAAGCCUCAAUGAAGACAAGGAACCAUGUGUUGUGACUAUACCUUGCUGGAAGGAGAUGAAACAAAAAGGGUGUACUGGCUUCUCAUUGUCCCAUCAAUUGCUGUUUUUCAUUGUUGGAAAAAUGAAGCACUGCAGGAAUGAUCUGUUUGUGAAGGAUGGCAGCUAUUACACAAAUAUAUUUUGCUCCAAUAUGAUGAAAAUCAACCAAGAAAUUGAGAAUAGUGGUUACCCCUUUCACCAACAAGACCUCUUCAUGGAAAAUAUUAUGCUUUGUGGUUUAUGUGGAUAUUCGGACUUCUACAAACUAAAAUGGAUGAAUAAAAUUAUCAGCUGGCAAGAUCCGAUCAUUGGCUGUUUUGGUGAUACAGGAGUUGGCUUAAAUUCUGAGAAUACUGCCAAUGAAUAUAAUUCUCCAAAAAGGGUUAAAAGAAGAGACAGAAUGUUUUUAGAUAUUUGCCUGAGCCAUAAGACUGCAGUGGCGGUAGGAGCUCUCGGAGGUUUUCUGUAUUCCUUCACAUUCAUGUAACUUAAUGUUGUAAUGAACCGUUGUGAAAUAAUGUGUUCAAAUAAAAGUGUUAAAAUGUUAGUUUCAUUGCAUACUGCAGAAAUGAAUCAGUAUAAUAUUCGGACCUAUAGUAUGAAGGAUACAUUAUUGCCACCUGAGUUUUAUUUUAUUUGGCAGAACCAUGCACAUGUAUAGAAUAAGAAAUAUGUAAAAUAUGAAGGAAAAAUAAAAAGCUAAAUACAUAAUAGCUAGAGCUAGGGGUUUAUAUAUAAUUCCCUUAUUAUUUAUCUAUGGAGGGGUUCAUAACUAAAAAUAUGUGAAGCUAGUUAUGCUACAAAAUAGUAAAUAUCUUGUCAUCGUCUUGCAAAAGUUUUCAUCCCCAUCCCAUAUGUGUUUUCUUUUUUAAAUAAAAAUUAUUUUUAAUUUAGAUUUUAUGUAAUGGAU